CGAAGGCGAGGCAUGUGUCAGAGAGGGAGGGAGGGGAUACAUGUCACGUUCAGGGGCCGUUUGGACCAAAACUUGUGGAAAGUUGUCAUGAGCCAAACAGUAUCCACUCUUGUCACAUCUUGACCUCUAUGGGUGGGUGUGGACCACCGCUGACCGCUGCAGAAACAGACAGGGAGUGUCCAGCGGCAGGAAUCUUGAACUCAAUAGCUGCAUUUCUGCUGGCUGAAUUAUCCGAGGCAUAUUGCUGAAUUUUAGUCCACCUCUGUAAACAGCAGAAGUCCACUUUCACUUUUUACACUUUCCGAGACGACCACGCCAUGGUGCACAAAUAUGGUGAGUACCGUUAACACAACUUUACCUUAACAUCUCCUCAUGUGGGAAAGUUUUGUUGUGAAGUUUGAGUUUCUGAAAAACGACAGCUCAUGUCCUCACGAAAGCUUCACCGGGAUUUAACAGUGCUUCACAAUCCCUUGAGAUUUGUCAUGUUCUGGAGGAACUGGAAUUUACCAUGUCUGAAACUGUGCAACAUUCGAGAAGCAUGUGUUUUACAGCUUUGAGCUUCUUCCUUGAUCAAAAUGUUCAGGAUCCAGUGAAGGGAAACUGUGAAGUAGUAGAAUUACCUCCGUGCAUCUUCUCUCUGCUGUUCCUCACCACCCACAGGGAUCAAAAACUGGCUCUACAGUCGUGUUGGAAGAGAAAAAAUAUCUUAAAUGUGAUCUGCGUGGAGAUGUAACAACAGUUUUGCAUUUAUACAUAACUGAGAUUAUUAUAAUGGAAAUGAUCUGUUUAAUUGGCUUAAAACUGUAGCCUGCCAUUACUUUUACAACUUAUUCAUGUUGACUUUUUAUGUUUUAACCAUGAUACUUUUGGGAUUAUUGUUAAAAAUCACUUGGUGUUUAAAGUUUUGGAGAUUGACUGUUUCAUUGAAGUGUGAAUUGACAAAAAAGUACAAAAUGGUGAAAGUUCACUGGUUCCAGCUUUGCGAGUGGACCUGACUUUUGGCUUCCCACUGAGUAUUUUUUGGUCUAAAAGAGGUCUAAUAGACGUCUAAAUGUAGCCUAGACAAUUGGUCUAAGAUCAGGCUACCACAGGUCUAAAAAUGCAAGUUUUUUAGACAUUUGAAUUUAGUCUAAGUUUAGGCUAGCUAGCUAACAGAGGUCUUACAGCCCACUGAGGAUUUUUUGGUCUAAAAGAGGUCUAAUAGAUGUCUAAAUGUAGCCUAGAUGAGUGGUCUAAGAUCAGACUACCACAGGUCUAAAAAUGAAAGUUUUUUUAAAUUUAGACUAAGUUUAGACUAGCUAGCUAACAGAGGUCUAACAGCCCACUGAGGAUUUUUUGCUCAAUGGCUAUCAUAAUUAUUUUGGCUAAGCAGCUCACAGUUGCUUUUUGAAAUAAAUAGUUAUCGAGUAAUGGGUUAAAGUGCAGUGUCGAAAUUCUGUCUGAAAAUAUACAGAAUAUACAGAAACUAGACGUCUAAUAGCCAUCUAUUGCUCAGUGGGUUAAUCAGUUAAUCAAGAAACUGUAUGAAGAGAAUCAUUUCAAGUUCCUGUCCCAGCUGAUCAGGCAGUUUUUCAGCUUUUUGCCAACAUGUGUAGGUCCUAUGCUGAUGUUGUGCUGAAACAUGGAUGUUUUUUUUUUGUGAGGCAGACACAGCACGAGCAGUGGAUCUACUCAGACGAUACCAGGCCGACUUGACCAGUCCAGAGGAGCAGGCACUGAAGACCAGUGUUGGUAAAGUGUCCUCCAUCUUGGGCAGCCAGCUGUUCCACGCCCUUCUUGGUAAGAAAUACUCAGUAAAGCUGCUUAUUUUGCAGAAGGGAGUCUUUCAAAACCCUACCCUCUAGCUAAAUUUCAUCAGGAUGGACUUUCUUAUGAACCUUUCCUGUUCACGCCCCCUUAUUUUUACAGAGGGGGAAGCAAUGUAUAGCUUCCUUGCACCAUACUCUCCUGUGAACUAUGUUGUCAGCCUCCGUGUUGUGCCUUUUGUGUUGUCAUGUGACUUUGUUUAGCCACGUAGAUGGAGUCAGGUUGUUUUAAUUCUCAUUGGGAGUCAACUGAUUUUAAAAGUUUUCCAAUUAGGUCCAAUGAAAGAGGCCUUUCAGUCAGGCUAACAGAGGAGAUCUGUAUCCCCUUCUGUGUAACAUACUCAGGUGGUAAUGAAAUCCUAAUAAAACCCCAUUACUCAGUCCAUCUAUAGACUCUGUUGUUGUACACUCAGCCAAACUGUGAAAGUACAUUUCCUCCUCUGACAAAUUGCCCUCUCGUGGACCUUCUGCAUCUUGGAUUUAUGUUGUAGAUUCUGACUGGAAAAGCUACAACAGUUGAUUUACAUUUAGAGGAGCGCUAUAAUUGUAAUGUGCUGAAGCUGCUGCUGCUGCUGACUGAACUGAUACACUUAUCCUGAAAGUGUCCUAAAAAAGUGCCUUUGUACUGCAACUCAUCUGAAGAGGCACUAUUAUUAUGUGUAACCAGCCUCACCUCCAGAACAACAUUAGUGUUUUAGAAAAGAGCCAAUGGGAAUCUUAACCUCAGUUCUUUUUAAAGCACAUUACUUCACUUUAACUGAUGGUUGAGUGGUCCUUCUAAUUACCUCAGCCAUAGUAUAAUGAUGCUCGCCCCUGGGUCUGCUCUUGCCACUGCGGCCUCACUGCUGGGACGCUUCAGGGAGGGGGUCUGAUCAGGCAGCAGUCAGACGGAUACCCUAUGAUCGGUAUUAUCCCUAUCUGUAGGAAUAAUUAACCCACUUUUAUCUUAUUUCUGUGUUCGUAUUUAGGCUACGCACCAUCUGUUUUAAGACCGUAUAAGUCUUUAAGAGCCAUCAAGUUCAACCUUAGCCUUUCCUAUCAGUCUUAGCUGUAUCCAGCUUUGUUUUAAUAUGCAAAUAUUAGUAUUCUCAUAGUCUAAACAAGGAAAGAACAUGAUAAGCGUACAUUGGCUUGAUAAACAAUGGCUUAUGAUCGCUUUCGUGUAUUUAUUAAAACAGGAGUUUAAUGUAGGAAUGUAAAUUUUUCAUGAAUACAGGACUUGUAUGUUGAUUAUCAAUUAAAUUAGUAUCUUUAGGUGCUGAAGCAGCUAACUGCUUUUGCAUUUGAACAGAAAUUCGGAUUACAACCGAGCGGCAGCCUUCAGUCUUGAGAAAUGAAGCGACGCAUAAGCACGAAAACUGCUGUUCCCAGACUGCCCACUGGCAGCAGGCUGCAUAGGCACCAAAAACCACACACAUGCAAUGACAAGACAUGCAUUUGUUUGAGUGAAAAUAAUCACAUUUGCAGCCUGAGUCAAAAAAACAUUUCUUUUUCUGCAUAGCUCAGGGCUCCCAUGAUAUGAGGAGUAAAUUUUUUCUGUUUGUUGUGAAGUUAUAAAGGUUUGGAGAUUGGUGAAUCGGAGGCACAGCCGACUAGACUGAAGGCAGGUACACUGUGGCCAUAUGCAAGGAGGCUAAAAGCCUUAAAGUUAGGUUAAGCAGCAUUACCAAUAUGGCGACUGCACCCUUGAAACUCUGCUUCAGAAACAAAUUGGUGAUGCUACGUCCAGUUACUAUACAAUCUAUGAUUCCAACCAGUUGACUAGUCCAGAAGUAAGAAAACACUCAGAAAACAGUCCAAAUUUAGCUGAAUUUAUUUAACACAGUUACAAAUGGAGCUACAGCCACGGCUAGUUGUGUGGCUACAGUACAGCUGAGACAUAACACAUGAAAUUUGAGAUUUAUGAUAGAAAUAUGUUGAAUCAAAAUAAGAUAAAAUGGAAUAAAAUCAAUUGAAAUAAUACAAAUGCUGAUAAUUUGUUUAACAGACCAGUUAUUUUGGUGCUGACUAUCCAGGGUGAUGUUUCAUCAGUAAGCUGAUUGAACAUGUAUCAAUCAAUCAAUCAGUCACUCUUUAUUUAUAUCGCACUUUUCAUACUUUGAGCUUUAAAAACCAAUAAAACAACCUGAAAAUCUAUUCUCAAAGAGACGGAUAGCCAAUGCAGAGACCAAAUCGGUGUAAUGUGAUUGAACAUGUACAUCCCAAGUGUAUAUGAAAUUUUCUCAAUAUCACUAAAUUUAUGAACUUUCAACCUGUAACACAGCAGAAAAAACACAAACAUUGUUUUAACUUGACAGAGUGAGAUAAUUACCCUGUGAAUAUUGAGGAAGUGUCCCUGAGCAAAGUAAUGGUUCUUCUUUGCUCUGAGGGGGCUUGGGUGUGUUGUAAAGGGAAGCGAAGCAAAGCCACAAAAAAAAAACAUCAAUCUUGACAGUUUUUCCUAGAUUAGCACUGUGUUGCAUAAAAAGUUGAGAAAGCUUUGAGUCAUACUCAUAAAUCUGUGCAGGAAACACAAAACUGGUUUAAAUGAUUUAUCUGUGUGAUAGUUUGAUACUGUUUACAAUUUUAACCCUGAGUCUCCUGACCUUGUGUGUAAUCCACACUGUUUUUUAUUAAGUUGAGGGAGGAUUAGCUUCCCAAAUCAAAAUUCCAAACAUUCCUAACAAAGAAUGUUCGAUCAGCGCUGAACCCGAGGCAGACAGGGAAAUAAACCGCUCCUGACUGACACGCCAAACUUUCCUGGCACUGUGGAUCACCUGCUCAGAGUGUUAGGGUGGGGGAGGAGAAAGGGGGCCUGUGGUUAGCGACUCCAAGGUGCUGGACUGAUGAGACUUCGCCCUUUAUUUUAACAUGUGGUACUUAUCAGGGAAAGCAGAGUGGAGGAGCAGCCAGCUCACAGCACUAAUAGGAAUACAGUGCAGUAAAAACAUUACUCAUCCUCUUAUCCUCUCCUGUUGUGUUUCACUUGGCCAGCUCAGGGCCGUGUGAACUGGUUCCGUUCGGACCGUUUUGCGUUGUUGUUCUCUCAGAGGGAUGGUGGGCUGAAAAGUUGUAAGCUUUCUGACAAGGUUGCAAACUUUUUCCUUACUUUUGAUUAAAACUUUUAGAAAGUUUUGUGAUCGAAACAUAAUCUACAGUCAUAACAAUGCAGUAUUUUCCUUUAAGAUAUAUCUAUAACUUUGAUCCACUGUGGGAAGUAAAGAGGUGUUCGAUGCAGUGUGGGAAGCUUCAGUACUGGUCACUUGAUUGGACGUUUGCAUGGUUGCACAGUCACGAACAAAGGUUGCCUGAACGGUGCAUCCACCCUUUUGUUCCAACAUACAAACAUGCAGUGGGAGGCAGUGGGGUGAUGUUCACAGGGAGUUGGGGCUCACAUGCAGACAAGACACAAUAAAUUACAGAGGACCCUAAAUGCCUGGGGAGUACUUUACUGAGGCAGUAACAAGGGGGUGAAUUGUUUACCCUGCCUGGAAAUUGUGACCUAGUUUUCUGGGAAUGUGUUAUUCAAGCGAGCCGUGGGUUGCCCAUCUUCAUAUAUAGAACCAGGGGCACAGUCCCUUCUUACUUUUUUUGGAGGACUCACCAGGGCAGACAGAGAGAGAUGACUCGAGUCCAGCUGAAUAGGUACAUGGCUAAUAGGAAUAAAUACGCUGAUCCAGCAUGUAGUAUUUUUGUAGGACAAGCAGAAGGUGUGGGAAACCCCCUCUGACUGUGACAAAAAGGCUCAGAGCUCCGACCAGGCUGUCCCGAAAUAGUCUCAACAUCAAAAAAACAGAUAUUGGAAUAAGUCCUCAUAAGAGACUGCUGGCUUGGAUUAUGCGUUAAGUUCCAUGCCCAGGAAUUCAUGUGGUCUCUGAGGGUUGGAACACUUCAAAUACAUUUUUUAGGGGAAAGUUGCAGAUGUGGAAAAGAGCAAAACUCUCUCUGCUAUGUGCAACUGUGAAUCCUGGUCUCAUAACACUUCCAGAAUUGACUGAGCAUUUUUUUUUUUUCUGUGAUUUGUUGCCUCUGCCAGGAAUAGAUGAGCGAUGUAAUUAGAAGUGUUAGUAGUGUGAAAGCAAGCCAGGUGUCUGUGAUGCAGCUAUGGAGAGAAUCAGGCAAGACUUCAUAGAUGCAUAAUGUAUUAGACUUUGUGUUAUAAAAAAAACACUGACAUGUUUUAUGAGCAAUGAGCAAAAAUGGCUUCAUGUAUGAGCAAAGUGUCAUUCAAAUCAAUCUACCUUCUGUGUGUUAUUUCUGUGGCUCUGGCAUCUUUCAGCACAUUGUUUUGGUUUAAAGCCUGCAGUUGUAUUUUUAAUGAUUUUUACACCCUCUCAUACAUAAACCUUAUUCUGGGCGACAGUAGCUGGCUAGCCUCAAUAAUCCCACCACACACCAAGCAUUAGAUUGACAAAUAGACAGUGUAGGUCCCUAGCUUGGGAUUAGCCUCUAGCAUCGACAUAGAAAGGUAUUUUCCAGACAGUAGAUAACAGAUUACACACGACAAUGGAGAUAAAGAUGGCAAGAAAUGUUACCCCAAACAAAUAAUAACAAUGCUUUUUCAGCUGAUCACUGAAUGCUGACACAUCAACACACAGAGUGGUUGUCCUUUCAGACACACUGACAGUUAACUAGUUUCAUUAUCUGCACAUGAAGCACUGCACAGAGAAGGAAGAAAAUUAAAAGCUUCAGAUGUUCGUGGUCGACCAUAACCGGCCAGUUAAGGUGCUGGCAAAACAUAAAACACACUCAGCGAAGUCUGCUCUCAUGAGAACUAACUAACUCUGUGUGUAAGAUCUUGCAUGUUUUAUCCAUUUGUCAUAGUGCAUUGUGUAUACAUAAUGUAUUGUUUCUAUGUUUUUGAACAUCUGCCUUAGGACAACGGAUUAAAAUGAGCAUUUAUGCUAACUCGGGCAUAUUUAUAUUAAUGCUUUUGCUGACAUGUCAAUUAAUGUGCAUUGUCCUAAUUCAAAUAAAUAAAUAAAUGUAGUGAAGCAAACCGAAGUCAUAGCAAAAUCAUAUUUAAAGUCAUUGAUUUAGUCAAUGAUUAGCUGCCUGAUUUGCAACUUUUUUCACAAAACAAAAAAUGCAAUUUAAUCAGACGUUUGGCUGCAAAAUAAAACAUUACAUCUUGAUUUUCUUUUGAUUAUUUUUGUGUGAGAAAAUUAUUUUACCACCUUUAUUUUGACUUUUGAGGAAAUUUGCAAAAUGUUUUUUUUUAUCAAUCAAUCAGUCUUUAUUUUUUUUAACACUUUUCAUACAAGGAAAUGUAGCACAAAGUGCUUUACACAAACGAAGAAAAAGAAAGAAGGAAUAUCCAACUCUACCCCACCCCAUCCCCGUCCCUUCAUCCCCACCCUGCAAUCCAAGCACAACAGGAGUGAGUUUUAAAAUGCAUUGACUUAAAAAAGAACUCGAUUUAGUAAAAACAGGAAUAUGUGCACUGAGGGAACGCCAUCUUAAAAUUCAAGAUGUGGAAACACCGGAGGUUAGGUUAAAAUCUAAAGACAAAGUAAAAUAAAAUGAAAUCUAAGAAAUAAUGAAUAAAAAUGAAAUAAAAACAAAGUAAAAAGAUACUAAAAUAUGAUCACCAGAACAGCUCAAUAAAAGAUGAUCCUGACAUUAAAACCAGAAAGACAAAUGCUAAAACUCACGAACAAAAUUAAGUUAAAUACAUAAAAUUUAGUUCAAAGCAAGGCUAAAAAGGUAUGUUUUGAGUUUGCUUUUACGAUAAAUAAGUUUAAUCUUAAAACAAUCUAAAUCUUUUAAAAAGUCUCUAGUGCGUGUUUUAUAUAUUCCAAUGAAUUGAUCAAUACUCUAUCUGAUCAGAUUUAUUGGGAUCUAAUGGCUUUUUUGCAUGUUGGCUUCACUCCUCUGCUCUGAAGGUUGCUGUUUGGUUGAAUUCUGCUGUAAUGUUCAUUUCAAUAUGAGCUGAUUUGAAACUGUAUGACUUUUAGAGCCAGCCUCAAAUCUACACGUAAGAAACUAGAUUUUUGCCACUUUGCACUCCCACAUUGGCUUCAGUUUCAACACCAUGGUUGCAAACGUGUUAACACUCAGUAUGUUCUGUUGCCUCCUAACGAAAACCAAAUAAAACAGAUUAUUAGCAAACGAGAAAGAUAAUUCAAUCCUACUGUAAUUUUAAUGUCUUUAUUUUUGUCUUUCAAAAUAUUUGAGUGGUAUUAAAUCUCUACUUUAAUGCUUUAUUCAAACCAUGUUCCACUAAUAUGCAUUUCAUGUAUUAACUUGUAUUGUUUAAGGUCCCAGAGAGAGACAGAUGAUGUACACACAUUUUGAGGAUAAUGUAAGGAGAGCAUAUCAGUGAAUAGGUGAUAAUUAUCGAUUUUAAGUCUUAGUUGUCUUACUCUUGUUAUUUGAGGUUUUGGUGUGCCUGAAUUGUGUGCCUAUGUCUGCAUCUAUAUAAGAGUUUGUGUAAGUGAGAUUGCUCUUUAGUCAGCUGUGCAACAAACUCCCCUGCCCACACAUGGCUUCACUCCUCCACAUUCAGACACAGUGAUGAGUCAUGUGCUCCAUUCUUACACUUUUGUUCUCACUGUGUCUUGUUGGGAUGUACUGACUCUUAUCUAUCCGUCUCACACACAUACACAUUUGGUGCCUCUGAGUCUCCGUUUCAACAAAAGAUACACAUUUCAAGAGUGUAUUGUAUUCCCCCUGAUGUCCUCAUACAAUGUGUCUUGUUGGACGUCUUGUCCUGACAUUGAACUUUGGGAAGUUGAUGAACUCUCCGGCAACCUCUUUAUGUCAACGGUGCAGCAAGCAGGGCCUGCGUUUGACAUCAGCAAAAUUGUCCCAGUGCAUUCUCAUCAAAUGGCUUCUCCUCAGUAGGUGACUACAGGACAUGGGUGAGAAAUGAGCCAAGAGGUGAGGAGUGGAGAGGAAAAUAGGAACGAGUGGAGCAGAUCAGUUCAGUAGAAAAUCUCAACUUUAGGAACAAGAGUGCUGAUAAUACUGCUGGUACUCUGUGGUACUUGAGUGAAGUGAUCUUUGCUAAGCACUCUUAUACUUGCAAUUAUUUAAGCCAUUUACAAAAUAUUGAGACACUCAAUGUGUUGUCCACCAUCGAGAACCUUGCAUGACUUUUCAAAAUUGCAUUGACUCAUUUUAUACCUUGUUGGCUGUGUGGCUACUGUGAGAGCAGAGUCAGUGUUUUUCUUAGUGAGUCUAAAGGUGAUGGCGAUGCAGACCCUGAAACUCCACUCUUGGCUAAAGCUUUUGCUCAUUCUGUUCCACAGAUACACAUACCUGCCUCCUCCUGCCCCUAUCCCUGCUCUCCUCUCUCCCCCCUGUGGCUGCGUGGUAGUUUUAGAAGAUACAGCAGGACACCAUCAAUCUUAGUGGGAGCACAACUUCCUUGUGCCCUGAGCUGCUUGUAUGAUCGUGCACAACCAUAGUUAUAAUUGAAAUCAAAAUCUGGCCUAGCUCUGGUAUCUUAAUAGUGAAAGUGGAGUUUUGCUGCAGUCAUCCAAGUGAAUUAGAAAGCUUUUAACCAGAGCCGGCCCAAGCGUCAAUGGGGCCCUAAGUAAAAUUUGAUUUUGGGGCCCUCUUUUUCUGCCAAUAAUAUUGAUUGUUGAUCAUUCACACACCUUCACAACUCUCUUUGAUUAACAUUCCAUGACAUGAAAACAUACCUUAACUUGGCGUUUUUUUCUCUUCUUCCUUCUUCUUUUCUCUGCUCCUGAAGGAUUUGUCCUUUUGUGGGACAUCGUUUUGCCUCACAACUACCCGCGCUUCGGAUGCUCAGUGCACAUUGCACAAUAAUAUAUAUUUGAUCAUGCAGAAAGCAUCACUCAUACAAGCAAAAAAUAAAAAAUAUUGUUAUUUUUUUUUUUUGAUUGCUCUUGGGGGCCCCCUACUGGCCGCGGGGCCCUAAGCAGGCGCUUAGUUCGCUUAUGCCUUGGGCCGGCUCUGCUUUUAACAUUAAAAUAAAACAGUUUUAAGCAUCAAAAUGUCAAGUUGUUGUGUGGUUGGUUUACCAGAGACCUGACGAAGAUCUGCGAAACAAAUGACUAGUUUUUGUGUUAUGUGCUAGGUAGCAAAUUUUAGCUAGCUAAUCUAAUUUAUGAUGGUAGCUGUGGUGAGCAAAUGCUAAAUUAACAUUAGCAUGUUUUUUUUUUGUCUUUAUUAGCAUGCUUGCACGACAAAAGCAUCUAGCCCAAACAUCACAUUUGAUGGACUCUGAACCAAAGAACCAAAAGGGUGGAAAUGUUUUUUUGUUUUUUUUCAUGAGACAGGAUGAAAAAAAAUUUACAAUAUAGGUCGCUCAGAUACUGACUUGAUGAGUAAGUCAGUCAUGAGUCAUAUAGUUCAGCAACAAGAUAAGAUGAGCACUUGCAAAUAUGGAGACAUUACUUCCAUGUAAACAGACAUCUCCCACCCCCACAUCUUCACCCAGUGCCUCACUCAGAGGAAAAUAGUCGCUCCUUUGUGCCCAUGAUUGAUCGGAGGAAUCUUUUACACAACCAAAGUAUCAGACUUUGGGACACUGAGAUGUUAUAACAAGAAACAAUAACCACAGUGUGAAAAAUACACUUAUGUCAAGUACUUAUUAUCAUCCAAGUAAAAGGGAAAAAAGCUCAUUAUUGUUUUCUUUCUCACAGAUAUUCAAGAGUGUUACGAGGUGACCUUGCAACUGAACAAGGAACAAACUGUUGUGAAAGAAGACAGCAGGCAGGAUGCGUGGGAGGUAAUUUUCCUUCUUCACAUUAUAGAUUGUAGGAAAUGAGCUUAUGUUUGCGUUCUAUCUGUUGUUUCAUGUGCUUUUAUGUGAAUUACAUUGCCUUCUGGCUGCGCAAAAAAAAGCUGUUUGGCAGCCAACACGAGGUGUCACUACCUGUGUCCCUUGCUUGCCUACAUUGAUUAAAUGUUAUCAUGAGUCAUGGCAGGGGGCUGAUGAGCAAGUGUCAGACAAAAAGGAAAAAAGGUUGGAAGAAGGGACUCAUUGGAAGAGGGAAAAAGGGACUCACACUGAGUCAAAGAAGUGCUGAUUUAUGUUUGAAAUUAGCUUGUCAUUUUUCAAUAUGCAUGUGUUUGUCAGACUCACAGUUGUUUAGAGUAUUCUGACUGUAGGACACAAACAACAUCAACUCACUUACCUGAGAAAAGGUUCUUUUAUUGUGACUUUAAACCUGACUCAGAUGUUUAUCAAGGCUUAGACAGAGCUCUAGUCUGCAUGUUACAGCAAGUAUCACCUUGUGCUAGUCCCGUCAGCCUUUGGCAUGAAAGGAACUUUUGAUUUCAUAUGACUUGCAUGAUUUAAUGCCAUCUUAUAACUUCUAACUUCUAAUCCGAUAUUCCAUGAUAUGAAGCUGAUCUUGGUUCAGUUUAAAGGGCCAAUAAACUAAACGUAAUUUUGCCUGUUUCACACAGAUGAGACCGUAGCUCCUUCAUCAUUUUUGUGUCUUUCUGUGUGAGCAUAGUGAAAUAUACAGGGGCAGAGACAUAAUUGGGCAUAUUUUUUAAAUGUGACUUUGGUUUUUAGGAAAUCAAAUUAUCACAAUUCAAUUGUACACAUAAUGGCCAGCUUUCUUCCCUCAUAAACUGGAUUCUUCUGCUCAACAGUAAAAGACUGAUUUUGUUUACGUCACAAGUCUCACAAACUCUUUUAUUUUGCUGUCAGGAAAUUGAAUAAGCCAUUAUUUUUAACAUUUUUAACAAUCGUCAAGAAGUUUUAUUGCUUUAGUAUUUAAACUUUUAAGUACUGAUCAGUUGAUCAAUCAAUCUUUACUCGAUGUUCUCCAAACAAAGGGCUCAAAAGAGGUUUUUAUUCUGUUUCUUUUGAUCUAAAUUCUGAUUUUGAUACAGUCAACAAUGAAAUUCAAUUCAAUCAUCUGUCUGAAGUUGUUUGUUGGUUUUAAGGAGGAAGCACUGGACUGGUUCAUAUCUUAGUGGACAAGCAGAUGUUUGUUGAUGUUUUAUCUCAUCUUCAUCAAGCAACUCCUUUAACUCUAGUGGUUUCACGAGGCUCUAUUUUUGGUCUCCUGCUCUUUUCAAUCCACAUGCUCCCUCUUGGCUAGGUCGUAAGUAAAGAACACUAUAAAGAUGAUGAAAUUCAUUUUUUCAAGAAGUCCCUUUUACUGUCUCGGUCGACUGACAUCAAAUCCUGGAUGUCCUACACUUCUUUAACUCUCUCUGAAAGAUUUCAUGACUAAUAUCCUGUUUUCUGCUUUCUUCCCCCCUUCUUAUUACAUUUCUUUUUCUUAACUAUUUGAUGUUUUUAUUUUGGUCCUCGUGGUCUCAUUUUAUGUUGUAGGGUCCUUGUAUUGUCUGGGUUUCUUUUGACAAAUGAAAUUGGCCUUCAGUUCAUAGGCCUUGUUUUUAACUGAGCUUUUGUUGUUUAUUUCCAUGUGCUGAUGCUUUGCAACUGUUUGUCAGAGCACUUUGUAAACUUAUGUUUUUAAAAGUGCUAUAAAAAUAAAGUUAUUAUUAUUAUUAUUAUUAUUAUUAUUAUUAUUAUUAUUAUUACUCCAUCUAACUUACAAAAAGGUGUUUAUAGCUUGAUUCCUGGUCUGGGUCUGUUUUCAAUGAUAGUAAAUGAUAGAAGGUAGGAAAUGCACAACCUGACCAAAUCUAAUUUUAAGACUGUUAAACCCAUGUAUUGUAAUGCUGGUGCAAGUUCACUCGCUUUUUACAAAGUGUGAGUGCUGGGCAUAAAAACGACGAUUGUAUCACUAGAGCUGCUCCCUGUGACAUGUUACACAGGAUGUACGACAGGGCCCAUAGCGUUCAUGGCAGGUGGUUAGUGAGAAAACUUCAGAAAUCUGAACUAUACGACUGUGACCCCUGUGUGACUACUCACCGCUGGCAGGACAGCGAACUCUGUCUGCCAAUUUAAUCCUCACAUGAGAUAAAAAAUUUUAAUCUAUCAGUUUUCUGUCAUGCUUAACAGCCCCCUCCCUCCACUCAAUCACUUAAUGGCAAUAUGUUUUUAAAAGUCUGUGCUCAGUCUGAACUGGAUUAUGUGUGCUCACUUGAACAUAGGACCUACAAUACACUUGACAUUUACUGUAUUAAAUGGGUGCUUAAGUAUAAAGACACAGUCACCCUGUAUAUGACUGUGCCUUGACCCGCUUUAGAGAGUGGAGUAACUAACAUUUCAAAGAGUCACACUGUGUUCAGAACCUGAUAGCAUAUUGACUGUCUCCUUAAAUAUAAUGUGAGUCUUGUGUAAGUCUUCCUAAGAGUAACUACUUCUGAUAAUGUUGCAUUGGUACUGGGUUAUUGUUACUGUUAUUGUCUGAAGAAUGUCACAAUGCUGAAGUACCUGUUCAUUGUCUGCACCUGUCAUGACCGAACUUUUGUCCAUCUAAAUCGAUUUUAAUUGGAUUUAAUAUAUCACCAUGGAUUUACAAUGGAGGUCAAUAUUCAUGGAUUAUUUUGAAGAAAUUCAGUUACCAAUCAAUCAAAACUUUAUUUAUAAAGUGCUUUUCGUACAAAAUAUGCAACACAAAGUGCUUUACAGAUUAUUGAAAACAAUCCCAAGUCAGUAGCUUAACAUUUUAUCUGUUAACUUCGGUAUUUUCAAACCACUAUUGAUACCUUUUCACUUUUCAUUACCACUAAAUUUAUGAUCACAUUGAUAUAAUAACUUUCAAACCAUUAGCUUACUGCUUGUUUGCUAGAACCGGGUUUAAAAAGGCAACAAAUGUUACUUUAAUAGUCCUUAAUCAAUUAGUUGAUCUUGCCGAACAUACAUUUUUUUAAGUUAUUUUGGCACAUUUGGCUAACUUGAUGAGUGGGCCUCCACUGUGCAAUGUUUGUUAGAAGAAGAAACUUAAAUGUAGUUCAGCCUCUCGUAAUGGUAGCCUAUCCUAGUAUUAUGAACACAUAAAAACACAAACACAUAUUCUGACCUGUCACAUGGCAGUGUUGUUUUCGUUGACAAUGACGUUGACGAAAAUAUUUCGUCAACGUCAUUGUCAACGAAAACAACACUGCAGAAUAUAUGUUUAGCGUUUGACUGACGAAAUGCUCGUGAAUUUUGCAACGCUGUUCGUCAUCCACCACUAACGUUUUCAUCUAGUCUCGUCUCGUCAACGUAAACGCACAUUCGUCUCGUCACAUUUUAGUCAUCUAAGACUUAUGUUUAGCUCGUCAGCAUCACGUCCUCGGAGGUUGACAAAAUAUUUUCGUCAAUGAAUAAUAACACUGUCACAUAGGAGUCACAAGGACUGGCCAAAACUAAACGUGCAUUUGUGGAAUUUUUUAUGCAGGAGAAAAAUCCUUUUUAGUCUUUGCUAGGCUGCUAAGAAAUUUCAGCUCUGUAACAAAUGUAACAAAAAUAUGCAGUUCUACAUGAUAUCAAGUAACACAAUUCACAAAAUAAUGUAUAAAGCUGUAGUGUAUACAGAAAUUAAAAGAUAAAAUCAGCCACUCAGUGAACUUGUUCCCUGCUGAUUCUCUUGAGGUCCACUUCUGUGUCACAUGACUGUAGUCUGACACGCCUCCAGCUCAGCAGACAACCUUAACCACAAACUGUGGCUACAACUUGAACUUUACAUAGUUAUUCUAAGCUCCUCUCUCCCUCUGUGAUCCACCCAGUGUAACUUCUAAUUCAGUACUGUGUUACUCAUCUCCGGAUCCAGGCUGCUUGCUGGGUCCAGAUACAGACCUGAAGAACCAGAGAGAGAGACAGAGAGAGAGAGGGAAGAUUGUAAGGGAGGGGGAGAGAGAGAUGGAGUAAGCUUCUUAAUGGACACUCUCAUCAGUAUUCUAGCCAUGCUGUCACCUGGAGUGGAGGAUGGGCAAAAAACUAAAUGAGUCUGCAAAUUCCCUGAUUUAGUGCGGAGUGGAAGGUGAGAGUCGAGAUUAGCUCUUUGAGAAAGAAACAAAACAAGCCUGGAGAGAAGGAGCGUUCUUUUAAGUUGAUUUCCAUCAGUAGCAUUUGGACUGAAAAAGCCUCUUGAUGUAACAUGAGAUUUCAUUUCAAAUGCAGAAUAUCAUGAUUUACUGUUAUUGUAUAAUUUGAGGUCAUCAUUAAUAAUGUGCCUGCACAGUAUUGUAUGUGGGAAAGUGAGCCCUUUGCACCCUAACCCUAGAGUGCAAAAGGCGAAGUCUCUGCUGCCACUAUCAAACAGAGUGGGCAGCUGUGGGUAUGUCUGAGAACCUGCCUAUCAGCACUAUGAGGGAUUAAAGCAGUCGAAGAGAAACUUAAAUGCCACUGAAAACAUUUUUUUUAUUAUUUUUAAACAUUAUUCUGUCAAUAUCAGUGACAUUUUGAACACUUGCAUGUGACUUUUUAUUAGAAUUAUACCAAAUCAACAUUAAACACUGGUUCAAUGCAGUAAAUAAUGAAGACACUAAUUUUAUUGCGGACCCACUCUACUUUAUUUUGUCCUAUUCUGUUUUAUUCUAUUCUGUUUUAUUCUGUUGUAUUCUUUUCAGUGCUGCUGUAUUCUAUUUUAUUCUGUUGUAUUCUAUUUUAUUUUGUUAUUUUCUGUACUUUCAUUCUACUCUGUUCUUUUCUAUUGAAGUUUUGUCCAUCUACUAAACCGACUUGUGACGUUUCCUUCAUUGAUUUCAUAUUGAACUCUCUGCGCAGUUGGUAUUUUUCAUUUCUGGCAUUUUUUAAAAAGGGUCCAAAAAUACUUAAGGGUUGUGAUUUAAUGACUGAAUAUACAUUUGGGUCACACAAUAAGCAAGAAAUUAUUAUUAUUAUUAUUAUUAUUAUUAUUAACUUAUGGUUUGAGGAUUUAAAAAGGGGAGUUGACAGGGUUUUUUUUCAGACAGGAGGGGCUGCAUGAAUCUUUGGUGAGAAUCAUCCGGAACUAGUUUAUCAGACUUAAUAAAAUUACUUAGCUGUUCUUGUCCCAUAGGACCAGGGGGAGGAGGAGAAGAUGGAAGGCGUGUCUCUGGUGCGAGUGACCAGCAGGAGGAGCCCUCAUAAAGUGGAGAGAGUUUCUGGCUUGGUGGCUCAUUCCCACAUCGACAUCCCAAAUGUACGUAAAGUAGUUGUGUUUCUUGAACCCAUCUUUUGCUUUUUUAUUGUCAUCAGGCAUCAAGAGAACCAGUCAGUCUUAAUAACUGUAAUUACACUCUGCACGUGUUGCAUUAAAACAUCAGGGGCCCUGUUCAGAUUAUCCAAAGCACUUUGUCGUGUGUAAUACGCAAAGCGAGGCAUGUUGUGCUGUGUUAUGCCCUUCUUGCCAUCUCAACAACACACCGCCUUUGCACCUGACCACACCUCACUUUGAGACUGACACACGCACAGGUGCCACUUGGUGUUUACAUAAUGUGGGCGCCGGGUGUAAAACUGACGAGUGUUGGGUGGGAAAAAACAAAACGCCUUUCAUAAGGAGCAUGAUAAGACAUGGAGAUUGUAAAGUCUGAUUCAUGUAUUUUAACAUGUUAAUGUGUUCAGGCUGCUUCAUGCUAAUAUCACAGAGUUCAAACAUUCAUUCAACAUUUUGGUGUAGUAAAUCACUCCUUUGUUGAGACCGAACUAUGCUGAUGUGAUGAAGACAUUGAACUACUGUUUUCCUGGUUGAUAGGCUAAUGAAGUCAGAGUGUCUGAUUAAUCAUGCUCAGUCCAACGCUUCUUCAAUUAAUCAGCAGCUCAGUAACAUAAUGUAUUGUAAAAACAUGGAGGAUAAUCAGGCCACAGCUUGUGUUAAAACAACAAUCAAUGAUAUAAUCAAUUGGCUACUAUGUGACCACAGCUAAUGUUAGCAUUCAAUCACUUACUAGCUAAUAGCACUGUUAGAAAGUCCUUAAAAGCUAAAUUCACUGCUUAGUGGUGAAAAGGAGUAGUACUGGUUCAUGUAUUAAGGAAUAUUUCACUGUAACUGAAUGAAAACAAACAAGCUAAGGAGUGAUUGAACGCACUCUUAGCCGUUUCUUUACGUUAGCUAACAGUUCACCAAAUAGCUACUGUUUGUUUUAGUAGUUUGACAGACUGGUGGGCCGCCAGGUUUUCUUUAUUGGGUUUCAUUUAACUGUACUAGUCCAAUGUAACAGUAUUAUAUCUUCAAAUGUGUAGCAAGCUAAAAGACAGUCCAGAAUGUAGUCUUCAAUUUGACAAUUUUUGGAAGCCAGGAGGUUACAUUUUUAUUCUGUCUGUAACCCAGCUACAUACAACACAAUGUGAUGAAUCAGCUCUGUUGUUGGGGGUCUGUUUUACUUAUUAGUGAAUAAUAAUGUUAUCCCGUUUCCAAUCAUUAUGCUAGGCUAAGCUAAAUACCAUCUGCUGAGCCCAAAACACAAAAAACUGUGUAAUUAAUCUUCUCCAUAUCUUAGCAAGAAACCAAAAAAACCUUUUCCCAGAAUGCUAAAUACCGUCCUCAGUAUGACCCCCGGUUCAACAGGAAGUGCGUGCCUGCUCUAGUCAAUACUUGUGUCUCUAUAGAAGGCGCUGUGGCUUGUCUUAACUUCAUUGGCUCAUCAGAUCAGAUCAAACUGGACAGUAAAUCAAACAUUGGAACAAUAUGAACCAUCCCCUCAUUUUCAAAAUUAAACACCAUGUACAGACUCCCAGCCGUAUGCCACCUUACAUAGAAAAGAAACACUUGUUGAUAAUGAACAUAUUUUUAACACGAACAGAAUAGUCUCAUAUCUGGAGUUUUAGCUGUCAACCGGGUUUUUAAGUGCUAUUAGACACACUUGAAGCUUCUGUGAGGAGUUUGACAUUUCUGGAAUAGAUUGAAAUCCAUAUUAAUGCCUUCUCAUGAUGUUCAAAAUCAGACAAAACCAGCGGUGACACAAUUUACUGUUUUUACAGCAUAACUUUUCAUGCCUGGAAUCAGUGAAGGAAAUAAGUGUCAGCAAAGCAGGAGAAAUAAAGGCCUGUUUUUACCAUUUUCACAUGAAAUGUUGAAGAAAAUUGAAACCUUUGACUGUCCGAAAUUAGUAUGAUUAUUUUAUUUUUGUCAUAAGACAUAUUUUAAGCAUGUAGAGCAGUGGUCCCCAGCCUUUUUUGUACCAGGGACCAGUUUCAUGCAGGAAACUUUUUCAAAGGACUGGAUAGGGGUGUGGAGGUUCUAAUAACAAAAACCUUAAUCAGUACAUAGUAUGUAAUCUGGAUACAACAAUUACAUUUUAUAUUAGGCACUUUUCAUUACACUUUAACAUCAACUCACCAUAAUGCAGAAUCAACCCUUUCUCUCUCCAGCGAACUCUGUUUCUGGCUCAUUUUUGCAAGAGCUAGCUUGUGUUGCUGAUGCAGGAAAAUGACGUGCUGAAGAGUCAAGCGCAGAAAGUGAGGCGAUGGCGGAAGUGGUGGUCUUUCAAAAUAAGAUACUGGGAGGAAGGAUGAAAAGAAAAAAAAAAUGUAAUCAUCGUUUUUACUUUUUUUGCGGCCUGGUACUAAUUGAUCCACGGACCGGGACCCGGUGGUUGAGGACCUCUGAUGUAGAGGACAAGAUAAGAAAAGACUACGUUGUCCACAGGGGGUGCCAGAGUUCACUCUAGUAGAAAGUUUAUAAUUGCUGUAUGAAGCAUACAUAGAUACAUACAUCCUCGAGGUAGAAACACAAUAGUCACAGAAUGAUAUUCAAAUGAGCUGUAAAAGAACCAAAUAAAGAAACAUAACAUGUUGUUAGUAUGCGCUAUAAGUCUACAGUGCUGUUCUUGGGUGAUCUCAGUACUUCUGUGAGAUCUUGUGGAGUUCUCGUAUGAUUUCAUGACCCCGAGAGUCAAGAUGCACACCAUUAAAUAGAGAAAACUGUUGUGAUGAAGGAAUGCAACACCCUUGCUUUCUAUAGAGCCAAGACGUGACAGUAAACCUGCUGCUCACAUGAGCACUGCCCUCGUAUCCCAUGAUCGGGAAUUGUCUCUUAGGCUAGCUGUGCCCCUCAGCACCUGGUUUUAAAUGCCUUCCCUGUUACAACAUGGCUAGCGGCACAUGGCAGCACAGUGGCCACAGGCGUCGGCUUUUCAGCUGAGCUCAGAACUAGUGCAGUGGUCAGGAGGAAGAAGGUGUGAGGAUCAGGAGGCUUUGAGGAGUAACGGAGAAAGAAGAGCUGGUAGCUCGUACGUGGAUUUAGUGCGCUCAUAUGAUCAUGUCUGCGUAAGAGCACAGUGAAAGUACAGGUUGACUCUGGUGAGGAGGUGUGUGUGUGUGUGUGUGUGUGUGUGUGUGUGUGUGUGUGUGUGUGUGUGUGUGUGUGUGUGACUCCUAUCGAAAGAAGGAGGCGAGGAAGCUGAGGAGCGAGCUGAGGAGGCGCAUGUAACAGGAGGGAGAGGGAGGGAGUGAGAGGGAGUGAAGAGGGGGCUGUAAGGAGGAAGAUAUAGUGGGGGAGGCUGAAGAGAGAGAGAGAGGGAGAUAGAAAGACAGAGAGAGAGAGUCAAAGAGAGACAGAAAGAGAGAGAGAGCAAGGCGGCUGAGAGGCGAGGACCGGUGCAGUGCAGAGCUGGAACGGACACCCAGAGCUCAGCCUUCCUCGGGUUGCCAUGGAAACCACAUUCCUCCCCCGCCUGCAUCCCUACAGACUGCUCUGACUCUCUUUUACUCUCUAUCUUUCUCUUUCCUCGCUUCUCUGUUUGUCAUCCUGUCUUUUUUCACCCCUCUUUUAAUUUGCGUCUUUGUUGUUGUGUUUUUUCUCUUCCUUCCUUCUCUCUCUCUCUCUUUAUCUCUCUCUCUUAUUUUCUGCUCUGCCUUUACACCAAACAGGCAUCUAGUGCGUCGUGAUGAUGCACACUCAGCAAGCACACACACUGAUUCCACAUGCAUUGCUCUCUCUCUCUCUCUCUCUCUCUGUGGCAAGGUGAAUGGGUAAUUACACUGAGUUCAUUUUGCAUCCGAACGCUCUCUGAGACUCGUAGGCAUCUUGUUGUGUUUUCUUUUUCUCUGCAUCUCUCUAUUUUUCUCUCUCUAUUUUUAUUCCCCCUUCUGUUCAGCACCAUGCUUCAGUAAUGCCCCCUCUAGUCAUCGCAUUUCUGCCCACACACAGGGCACCUUAGCUUGGUUUCUGCGCGGUUUAUGGUGACUGUCAUACUCUGUUGCAGCACCUUUGUCAUAUUUUACCCACAAUUAACACCUCCUGCUAAUAUUUUAACCUCCAGUUUGCACUCUCAUUUUCUACAGCUCUUUCUUUCUUUUUAAAAACCUCAACACUAUUCUCUGUCUUCCUCUCCUCCUUCUGUCAUUAUUCCAUCAGUUAGAGGUGCUGCGUUUGGUGUGUGUGGUGAAGCAGCUGUUCUCUGCCGCUGAGGCCUAUCAAUAG